UUUGGCGCUCUGUGUUUGUUUUUCGAUUUGUUUUUUCUCUCUUUAUUUUCUCUCUUUUGCAAUUCAACGCUGCAUUAGAAAUAGGAAAAGACAAUGCAUGGCAGGGUUUCAGUAGUUCAAAUUACCUAAUAAUGGGUUUAAGUCAACAAGUUAAUCUCAAAAACACAGCUAUAAACAAUGAGAAGUCUAGUAACUAAAGAGCCACAGGGAGCGAAAAACAACACUCACUGACGCUGGAAAAUCACCUUCUUUAUCGAUAGAAAAACCAACAUGGAUUACAAAUAACAGAUGCCUGGUAAAGCUCUAUCAAUUUUCUUCUAUUUUUUACUAAUAUCCACGGUUCUGAUCCUCGAUACUCUUCAUGGAAAGUUCAAAUUGAUCUACACCAUCAAACAUGUCCAGCACAAGGGCUCAGUUGGAAGCCUUUCUUCCUGGUAAAACAACGGACUUUACAAGCGAGAGAAGAUAUUCUAGAGACUUUAGGACUUUAGAUUAUGAGGCAGGAAUGAAGAGCAUCAUUCAACAAGAACAAGAGGUACGUGCCCUUCAAAGAGCCCUUAAUCUUCCUCAAGCACCAGUCCUACCUACAAGCCUGAUGACGCCAGACAUGUUGUCCUUCAAUGGCUUAUUAUCAUCAUCAACACGUCAGACUAGAAUCGUAACUGAAACUGACCUCAAGACCAAAACUGAUUCAUUAUACAUGUACAACAUGGAGAAUCCAGUGCGUAAUUCUGUAAACCACACAGAACAGUCAUAUCAUGAUUUUCAUAGAAAAUUAAAUAGAUCUAGAGGUGGUACCCCCUGUCGGCUUCUAGUUCAGUACAAGUUUCAGGAGGGGGCGCAAGCCAUCAUUACCAUAAUGGAGGAGAGGGGUUGUUCCUUAGAUCAUCAAAAUUGAAUGACAGCCAUUUGUGGAAUCCAAGAAAGACAACUGUGGGUAGCCAUGGCCACUCGGAUGAAUUUGAUAAUACAAAGACUAGAGAUCGUUUUACUGAGAAUUGUAUUGGUUCAGGGGGAGAUUCAAUGCUUGAUAAGGUUAAAGAAGCACAGCUAGUUAUUGAGCAUCAAAAUGAAGUUAUUGCAAGAGCAGAAUACAAGAUAUCAGAUCUGCAAGGAGAACUAAGGAAGAUAGCACUGGACAAAGAGAUUUGUGAGGAAGAAAUAAUGACAAGAAAGAAAGAAAGAGAAUACUUUAAUGGAAUCACAUCCAAAGGAACCAAGAAAAGGCAGGAAUUACUUACAAGGUUAAAUCAACUAGACCAAAACUUCAGGGAACUCAAUAUAUCCCACAAUGCACUUCUAGUAGAGAGUAAGAAGAAAGAGACAGACCUGCUUCAGGCAGGACUCAGACUCAAUGCUCUGGAAGAAUGUAAUAACAACUUACAACAGGUAAAUAAGAAGAUUUUGAAUGAACAGAAACUAGCCCAGAAACAAAUAGAUCAACUGUUGUCUGACCAAAAGGUGCUCCAAACAGAAAAACAACAAGCAAAUGGGGAAACUGCAACAGUUUUACAGGAGAACAAAAGACUAGCCGAUGAGAUUGCUACAUUAAACACCAGGUGUACUGAACUCAAUGCUCAACUUUGGCACCAAAAUACAGGCCACAGAAAACUGAUACAAGAAUUAGAAGAACUCAAAAUGGAGUAUGAAUUGAAAUGCAACAGGGUGGGUCUGCUGGAAGAGGAGGUGAAGCAACAACAAGAAACAUUUGAACUGUUGAACAAUGAACAAGAAAACUCACUGAAAAGGAAUAUAGAACAGAUAUAUCGAAACAAGGAAGCUCUUUAUCUGGAUAAAAUACGAAAACUGGCUGAGAACAAGGACAUGCUACAAAGAAGAUGUCAAGACCUACUUCAGAAAAAUAUGCAGCUGGAAAAUGGUUCUGAAGCCACAGAGUUUCCAAAGCCUGGUGCUGUAAUCACAGACACUACGAAAGAAAAACAAACUGUUUCAAGUCUUUCAAGGCAGGUUGAUCAACUGAUGAUAGAGAAUUCAAAUUUAUCUGUAAAAAAUUAUGAAGUUGAGAGCUUGAGAGAAGAACUUUCCYAAAGUCAUGAUGAACAAACCAGACUAUUGGAACAACUUGAAUCAAUACAUCAAGACCACACAAGAAAGAAAAGUCAGAGUAUCACCGAGUUGCAAGAAAACCUCAAGCAAAUCAGGAGGAAGAUCGUGAGCCUGGAGGAAGAGAAGUGUGAUCUGAUGUCAAACUUACAAGAGCUUCAACAAGACAGAGACUCGUGGAGUAAAGAAAAGAAAGAAUUAAUGCUGUCACUUGCUGAACUCAACGCAGAAAAUAGCAAGCUGAGAGAUCAAAUUAAAGAGUCAAGCAAUCAGGCUUCUACUGAAGCUCUUUCUGAUGAAUUGAAGACCAUCAAACAGGAGCUAGAUAAAUUACACAAGAUGCUUCGAUUAAAGGAUGAAGAGUUGGAGACACAGACUAGUAAACUACAGGAUAAACAUACUCAGUUGAACAGAUUGAAUAAGGAAAAUACGCAGUUGAAGAAGAGCUUUGCUGACAUUGCAAGUAAGACCUCAGCGAGGAACCUCGUAAUAUCAACUCUACGAGACCAGCUUGAAGAACAAACCCAAAGAAUCAACGAACUAGAACACGAACUUGUCUCUAAAAACCACCAGUAUGAAGAUCUGAAUACCCGUUACUCCAAGCUGGAAAUAGAAUUAUGUCAGCCAAGCCCCAAAGCCAUGAGAUGGAUUAAUAGUGAGAGGAAUACCUUAGAGGCUGAGAGGGACUUAUUUAAGAUUCAAGUUUUUGAAUUAAAAUUCAGAUUAAAUGAGUGUGAAUCCAAGAAUGGUGACGCAGAGGAAAUGCUUUCCUUGGAGUCUACAAACACAGACUUGAGUGUUCGGCGAAAGUCUGAUGGAUGCCUUACAAGGCGAAUCAGUAGCCAUCAUGGUCGCCUGUCCAAAAAUGUUGAUGGAGUACGCGCUUUGAAGCAAGAAAACACGAAACUGAAGGUCAGGCUGGACGAACUUGUCGCGGAAAGAAACUCAGUACUCCAGGAUUCUGAAGACCUUAUAGAAGGAAUGCAGCAACUGAAAGAAGCCUUCGAGGACGAAAUAGAAAGAAGAYUUGAGAAAGUAAAGCUGAAUUGUGACAAUGGCUAGACACAAGGCGUUCAAUCAGAAGGUAUAAUACUUGAUACUUGAUAUUGUUUUGCCCUCCAAAUUGAGCUGCAUUCCGAUGUGCUGCAAGGAGUCUACACGUCUUGAUGCUACAAGUACAAGAAUCCUCUUCAAAUAUGACCAAAUCCACUUGUGCGUAAUGUUUUCCCAUUUCAGAUCAUAUGUCAUUUCCUAGAGUAUCAUGAAAUGGAAAAACAUUACGCACAAGUGGAUUUGGUCUAUUUUAGGGACGAAUGAGACGCCAUCUUGGAAAUAAGUCCCCUAAAGCAGUCCCACAAUGUACUGCAAAGCCAACUCGGACUAUUUUUUUCCUCAACCUCGGAUUGGCUAAUAUAAAAAGACACCCUGACAGCUUUGCAGUCUAUACAUUUUCCAAUAGUUGCCCCCUCGGCAUCCCAUAAUGUCUUGAUUACGACGAUAGAAUUCAAAAUGGCCGUCGUAUCGGUACAAAUGUUUAUUAAGUGUAUCAUGCAAUGAUUGUACA